GACUUAAAACAGGCUCACAUAUGCGCAUUUGCAUGUGAUGUUUUGGUAUAUUUUAUAUUUUUACUCUGGCCUUCAUUUGUGCUGAGCAGCUGGCCAGAUGUUGGACGCGGUGCAGCUGUCGCUGACCUUGGUGCUGAACACGACGUCAGAUGAACCUGCGCUCACCACAGGAGACACGAUCCAGCCUCACUCCCUCUUUGAUUUAUUGAAGCUACUCCAAACACCCACUUCUGCUUUCUAAACUUUGAGCUAUUUUAUUUUUCCAUUCAUCCUCUUUCCCUUUGUUCUUUUGCUUUUGUUGCGGACACGGGUCCACAAUGCUCUACGACGCUGGCUCUCCGUUUCGCUCCUUUCUGUUUUCCUCGUGAUGGCACUUGACGCGGCUACCGUACGCGAGGCAGGAGAGGAGCUGGUGGUGGAUGAAAGCGCACAGCUCGCUUGAUUCCCCUUCUUUACUCGAAGUCGCUGCAGUCGGCCAUCCUGCAACGUAACAUGACGAUUAAGCAGUAAGAUAAUAUUGAGAAAUAGGCCCACACAUAGAAACUGGAUAUGGAGUCAGUGAAGACGAGAGCCACAGCGGGGGUGAAGGAAUUUGCAGGGAAGGCCCUGGGUCAAAUGCACAGGGUAAUAGAGAGGAGACAGAAAACCGGGGAGGUGAUCGAGCUGACGGAGGAUGGACGGCCCCGGGAGGCCGCGGAGAAGAAAACCCCGCUGUGCGACUGUAAGUGCUUCGGUCUGCCCCGCCGCUACAUCAUCGCCAUCCUGAGCGGCCUGGGCUUCUGCAUCUCCUUCGGUAUCCGGUGUAACCUGGGCGUGGCCAUAGUGGGCAUGGUCAACAACAGCACCAUGCACCAGAACGGCAAGAUCAUCAUCAAAGAGAAAGCAAAGUUCAACUGGGAUCCAGAAACGGUGGGAAUGAUUCACGGAUCUUUUUUCUGGGGCUACAUCGUGACACAAAUCCCGGGAGGUUAUAUAUCCUCCAGGCUGGCAGCAAACAGGGUAUUUGGAGCAGCUAUUGUUCUGACGUCGAUUCUCAACAUGUUCAUUCCCUCAGCUGCCCGAGUACAUUAUGGGUGUGUCAUCUUUGUCAGGAUAUUACAAGGGCUGGUGGAGGGAGUGACCUACCCGGCCUGUCAUGGCAUCUGGAGUAAGUGGGCUCCUCCACUGGAAAGGAGUCGUUUGGCCACCAUCUCGUUCUGUGGCUCUUAUGCUGGUGCUGUGAUAGCGAUGCCUAUGGCUGGGAUCCUGGUUCAGUACUCAGGCUGGUCCUCAGUGUUUUAUGUCUAUGGAUGUGUUGGCAUCGUCUGGUAUAUGUUUUGGGUCCUUGUGUCUUACGAGAGCCCAGCUGAACAUCCUACCAUCUCUGAUGAGGAACGCUGCUACAUUGAGGAGAGCAUUGGAGAGAGUGCGAAGCUAAUGGGUCCUUCGGAGAAAUUCAAGACCCCCUGGAAGAAGUUCUUCACCUCUAUGCCUGUCUAUGCAAUCAUCGUGGCCAACUUCUGCAGGAGCUGGACAUUUUACCUGCUGCUGAUUAGCCAGCCUGCAUACUUUGAGGAAGUGUUUGGCUUUGAGAUAAGUAAGGUGGGCAUGCUGUCUGCCCUGCCCCAUUUGGUGAUGACCAUCAUUGUGCCCAUCGGCGGCCAGCUGGCCGACUACCUACGCAGCAGGAACAUCAUGACAACCACCACUGUCAGGAAAAUCAUGAACUGUGGAGGAUUUGGCAUGGAAGCCACAUUGCUGCUGGUGGUAGGAUAUUCCCACAGCAAAGGGGUGGCAAUUUCUUUCCUGGUGCUGGCAGUGGGCUUCAGUGGAUUUGCUAUAUCAGGCUUUAAUGUCAAUCACCUGGACAUCGCUCCACGCUAUGCCAGUAUCUUAAUGGGCAUCUCUAACGGUGUGGGUACUCUGUCUGGGAUGGUGUGCCCACUGAUUGUUGGUACGAUGACAAAGAACAAGACUCGAGAGGAGUGGCAGUAUGUGUUCCUGAUUGCCUCCAUGGUGCAUUAUGGGGGUGUGAUCUUCUAUGGGAUCUUUGCGUCGGGAGAAAAGCAGCCGUGGGCCGACCCGGAACUGACCAGCGAGGAGAAGUGUGGCUUCAUAGAUGAGGACGAGCUGGCAGAAGAGACGGGCGACAUCACUCAAAGUUAUGGUGCCUUUGGAGGUCCGGCUAAGUCGUACGGUGCAACCACACAGGUGAAUGGAGGCUGGGCUACAGGCUGGGAGAAGACGGAGGAGUACGUCCAGGAAGAAGCACAGGGCGGAGGCUACGGAUACAGGCAGGAUGAGGGAUACUCCUAGACCAAACAUACAUUCACCGACACGAGUAGACUUGUUUUUUUGAGUGUGCAUCAGCUUAGUCAAGAAAAAUAUCAAAUAACAAAUGAGAAACAAGAAAAACUACAAUCCAUUGUUGUAUUAUUUGCACAAAUUUUAAAAGUAAAUCUAAAAAAUUAUUAAUUAAUGUAAAAGAUUACUAAAAUGUCUAAAUAUGUAAAGAUAUUUGAUUGAUAGAGGUGUAACACAUAUCAAAUUGGCAGUCCGUAAAUGUAUUAUUAUGCAUAUCGAUAAUAGAUAUAUUUAUUUGGAGUGCAAUUGUGCGUAAAUGUGAACAUUUUCAUCCCAUCAACCUAGGCUUCCUGACCACACUGAAGCCUGUAGGGUUACAUAGAAGCUGCCCAUCAGAACUGACCCCUUAUUUAUCAAAUUAACUGUUACAAUACAAUGUCCUACAAGCCAGCCAUUACAGUGUAUAAAUAUGUCACUGCACAGCAUUGUAAACAGAAACUAGACACUCUGAUAUAGAUUGUACUGUAUCUCUCCUGAAUGCACUCAGAGUAGUGUGUCCUUUUAAUGCACUUGAUGAUUUUUGUUUCCCUAUCACCGGCUUCUGUGUGUGUAAAAGUCCUUCACAAUGUAAGUGACCUAGUGUAAAGAUUUGACGACGUGGCAUAACGAUUUGUGAUGACUGUUUGGUUACACUUGCAUAAAAGGUAAAAAUGUUUGUCAAAUGUUUGCUACGUGUGAUCCAUUUUGCAACUCGGUACCUCUGCAGUUGAGCGUUUCAUUUGAACUAUUAGCAACCUGUCACAUCUCAGCAGUGUAGUGGAGGAGUAAAGCCAUUCUCAUUAUCAUACUACUAUACAGCCGCUAAAAGUGUAGUUGUACCAGUGCAUUGUUGAAAGAUUUGUCUUAAAUAAAACAUGAGAUAUGACAGAGCUAAAAGAGUAAACAUGUAUGAGAGUUUAUAGAUUCAAUUUAGUCAUUGUUAGAUCAAGAGAUUAAUGCCUUGUGAAGGGUUUGUGCAAUGCAAAGACGAGUCAAAAGCAGUAUGAGAUAUACUUUAUUAUAUUUAUUAUUAAUCAGAUUUUAUUGACAGGCACCAAACAUCUGACUCUGAUUCAAAUGUUGCCAAAUUCUGACUGGUGCAUGGAAUUACAUAAUAUACAUAAGAUACAAAAUCUUUUUGCAGCUGAGCCCCACGCACUUCAAAUGCACACAAAAAGAAGAAAUACAGCAAUCUGUCAUAUAAAAUACCAAACGUGUUUUGACUUAAACGUAAGUGUCCAUGCAGGAUCCCAUUGUUUAAAGCGAGAAGCUGAUUGAGAAAGACUCUUUUUUAAAAUGAGUUUAAAAUGUCAAAUGACACUAUAGAAGUUGAAUUGAAGAUUCCCAAUCAAGUAUUUGAGUGUUUACAUUUAUCUAUACUUUGCAUAAAGUUCACCAAAACAGGACAUUUAUAUUUCCAAUUAUAGAGAAGACACAACAGGAGGGGCUAUCACACAUAUGUGCAAUUUGGACAAACUUGGACAUUUCCAUUGCAGAAUGGAAGUGAGAUAUUUUGUUAAUGUACCUGUGUCUUUAUUUACGGGAGUCUGGUAAUGAAAUAUGUUUUAGGCUCCUGAAAAGAAUUUGUUUUGUUCUCAUUCUGCACUUACUCUGACAAGGUUUGAAGAGGGCCAAUUUUAUUUAAUUUGUCACGUGUGUGCACUUCACAAUGUAUAUGUGUGUGGAUGUGUAUUUAUGCAUGGAAAGUGAAUUUGUAGUAUGUCCAUUUUGGGGGGGUUUCCUUUUCUUUCAAACUUAUUUGUCUGUGUCUCAGAAACUGUUACUGAUGCUUCAAUUUCUUUGCACAAUCAACCAAAGCUGAAAAGCAGAGCUGGGUUUUAGCUGUAAGUCAAACAUUUUUAAGGGAGUACAGAACCAUCAGCAGCAAGGUUCCAGAGUAAGGACACCCCCAGUGUGCUGGUGGCACCAAAACAUUACUCAGUGUACAAAGCAAUAAGUCCAUAGUAACAGUUCUGGUCAAAUGUCAUGAACAGUCAUUAUGUAACCGUUUUUAUGCAUUUGGGUAAAAGUUGUGUUUUUUUGUGAUAACAAAUGUAGAAAAAACACAAUUGUAAAGAAAAAAACAUAAAUAUGUGUAUGAAAAUAUAGUAAUAGAGUCCAACACAAACAUCUUUGACAACAAGCAAGUGCAAGGAGUUUGUGACGGGGCUGCUCACCAGAUGAGAAUGAUAAAACGAGCUCCGUCCUAGAGGCGGAUGCUCUUCAUGUUUCUGUUUUUGUUUUGGUGUGUUCCACAUGGGACUGUGUGCUGUCCCACCCCCUUCUUUUUAGUUUGAUUAAUGUUCUUCAUUCGGUGGCUGGACCCUUGUUGCCCUACUUAACCACAUGUACCUCCUCCUUUCCCUGUAUGAGCCUGAUUUCACUGUCACAAUAUUCAUUGACGUUAAGGAUAAAACCUAAACAGGCGAUUCUACAUUUUCAAAAAUGACAAAUGUGCAACCUGAAGUAGUAAAACGUUUCCUGUUUUUGUGCCUCUGAAGUUACAGUGUGAUUCUAUGGCUUCUGUUGCUGUGUAAAUUGAGAGGUUUGUUGAUGUCUAAAUGAAAUAAUCUAUAUCCUGUUUUGAUAAAAAAAAAGCAAACAAAGCUGUGUGUCCUGAGUGUUUGUACUGAUAACAAAUGAAAACAAGUAAUGAAACAAGAGAAACAGUGUUGAAGAAUAUCAUACAGAAACUUACCAUCACUACAUUUUCCAUGUUAUAUGCAUAUGUUUGCUAAUAACACAAGUUUGUGUUAAACCUGCAA